UACGACAGUUACAACAGUCGAUGUUUACAGUCCUUGACAGUGGGUGAAUCCGUCGAUGGCUUCUGUGUAAAUGUAGAUCGUCGAUGCACCCCUGUAAUCAACGAUUUGUCAAACUAUUUCGUCAAAAAUGGAAAAAGGGUUGCAAUUGGAGGAAAGUCUCUUGGGGAAUAAGCAGGACCGUGGAACAGCACGGAAAGAACAUCCAAGUGAUAGCUCUGGCUGUGGGUUAGGAACAUUCCGUCCAAAAUGGUUACAACACUUAGCCCACACCAGAUCCUUCAUGAUCGUGUACGGACUGCUCGGAAUGGUGCAAUCCAUGACAUUCGUUUAUUUUAUAGCCACGCUGACAACGUUAGAAAGACAAUUUGGCAUACCCAGCCGAACAACCGGAGUCAUGAUCAGUGGAAAUGAAGUCAGCCAGAUACUCCUGUCGCUGGUUCUCACCUACGCAGGAGGGCAAAGAAACCGUCCUCUAUGGCUGGGUUGGGGUGUGGCAUUGUCAGGUAUAUCCUGUUUUAUCAUCACUCUGCCACAUUUUAUAUAUGGACCUGGGAAUCAUGCUCUCUCUUUUACUAAAGAAUACAUUGAAGAACAUGGAAUUAACCAGACAUCGAUUGAUCUAAAAGAAAAGAUGGGCUUGUGUUCUAAAGAGAGAUCUGUAAAAGACUGUGAUAUGGGAGAAUAUUCCGUAAUCCCAUCAGUUCUUGUAUUUAUUUCUCAAUUCAUUCUUGGUAUCGGCAGUACUCUUUACUAUUCCCUCGGUCAAACUUACAUCGAUGACAACACAAAAAAGACAAAAACUCCAAUGGUAUUAGGAUUCACUUUUGCCUUAAGGACAAUAGGGCCAUCAAUCGGUUUUGUAGUUGGAUUCCUUUGUCUGAGCGUUUAUGUGAGCCCAAAUUUGACUCCUCUUAUUGAUAAAAAAGACCCAAGAUGGAUUGGAGCAUGGUGGCUAGGCUGGUUGGUAUUGGGCUCAGUGAUGCUUGUAUUUGCAUUCCUUAUAUCUUUAUUUCCAAAACAUUUGCCCCCAAGUAAAAAUAAAGUCGACGAUAAGAUGAACGUCAAAAAGAAGUCAGAAACUCCACUUUCUGAAAAAGAAGCUCCUUCUUUUAAAGAGUUUCCCACAGCUUUGAAAAGAUUGCUCAAAAAUAAACUACUCGUCAUUAAUAUAUUCUCAGGUGUGUUUUACAUUCUCGGUAGCUCUGCUUAUAUUACAUAUUUAGCAAGAUACAUUGAAGUCCAGUUUGAAAAAAGUGCAACAAAUGCAACUAUUGUACUUGGUCCUGCGGUACUCGGUGCUAUGGUCAUCGGGUUCCUGAUUUCAGGCUAUGUCAUAUCAAAGUUUAAACCAAGACCAAAAUACCUUCUAGGAUGGAAUGUUAUUGUCGGAAUGGUGUAUAUUGUGGGUGAAAUCACUCUUAUGUUUAUAAGUUGUCAGGACACAAAUUUAGUCGGCUUUAACAGAGAUACAAAUAGAAUAGAUGUAAUCAACCACUGUAACAAUGAUUGUGGCUGUGAAAAUCUAAAGUAUUCACCAGUAUGCUAUGAAGAAAAACUGCUGACUUUUUACAGCGCUUGCCAUGCCGGUUGUCAUCAAGCUAACAAAGGCGAUAAGAACAAAACUUAUGAAAACUGCAUGUGCUUAUCAAACGACCCAGAAGAGAGUGCUGAGUAUGAAACAUACAUUUUGAAAGAUGGGCCAUGUCUCAUGCCAUGUGGAUACAAUUUUCAAAUAUUUAUAGGCCUUAUGUGCAUCAUGCAGCUUUUAGGGAGCAGUGGGAAAAUUGGAAACCUUCUAGUCAAUUAUAGAGCUGUGUUACCUGAAGACAAAUCGUUUGCGCAGGGUUUUGCUUUAUUGUUAAUAAGUUUAUUGGCUUUUAUUCCUGGGCCAAUAUUGUUUGGUGCUAUUAUGGAUGCUUCAUGCCUAAUUCGAGAUAGCGAUUGUGCAGAAAAAGGAAACUGCUGGUUUUAUGACAAACAUUCAUUCAGGACUAAUUUAAAUAUGGCAUCCGUUGCUUUUACAAGCAUAGGAGUGAUCCUCGACGGUUUAGUCUGCUACAUGGGAAGAAAUCUUCCCCUUUAUGAUGAGGAAGAGCAAGCAGAGGAAAAUGGACAAAUCAAAACAAGCUCAAUGUAAACAUACAAAAAAAUGAAAAUUGUUAUUUUACUUAAUUGGAAAGUACCUGUUUUGUGUACAUAAAAAUUGUACA